GGGGGCGAGCGGCGGCGGCGUUGGCGGCGGGGAGGGCGGCGGGAGCGCACAGACACGCACACGCACACGCGCACACACGGACACACACUCCGGGGACGCACACCCGCGCGCGCACACGCAGAGGCAGCUCGCCUUCCUGCCUGGCUUCCUUCCUGUCUGCUCCGCGCCUGACAGGCCCCUCGCUGCAGCCAGGGGCCGCCCGCACCGGGCCGAGGCCGGGCCGGGCCGGCGGCGAGGGCAGCGGGGCCGCGGGCGGCGGCGGCGGCUCAUGCCCGGCCUGUCCCCGAGCGGGGCGGGCACCGUGACUCGGCUGGGCCCCCAGCGGCGGGCGAUGUGAAGAUGUCAGUGGGCUGUGCCUGUCCUGGUUGUUCCUCAAAGUCAUUCAAGCUGUACUCGCCGAAGGAGCCCCCGAACGGCAACGCCUUCCCUCCUUUCCAUCCCGGCACCAUGCUAGAUCGGGAUGUGGGCCCAACUCCCAUGUACCCGCCUACAUAUCUGGAGCCCGGGAUUGGGAGGCACACACCAUAUGGCAACCAAACUGACUACAGAAUAUUCGAGCUUAACAAACGGCUUCAAAACUGGACAGAGGAGUGUGACAAUCUCUGGUGGGAUGCUUUCACAACUGAGUUCUUUGAGGAUGAUGCCAUGUUAACCAUCACUUUCUGCCUGGAGGAUGGACCAAAGAGAUAUACCAUUGGCCGGACCUUGAUCCCACGCUAUUUCCGCAGCAUCUUUGAAGGGGGUGCUACAGAACUGUACUAUGUGCUUAAGCACCCCAAGGAGGCAUUCCACAGCAACUUUGUGUCCCUUGACUGUGACCAAGGCAGCAUGGUGACGCAGCAUGGCAAACCCAUGUUCACCCAGGUGUGUGUGGAGGGCCGGUUGUACCUAGAGUUCAUGUUUGACGACAUGAUGCGGAUAAAGACGUGGCACUUCAGCAUCCGGCAGCACCGAGAGCUCAUCCCCCGCAGCAUCCUUGCCAUGCAUGCCCAGGACCCCCAGAUGUUGGAUCAGCUCUCCAAAAAUAUCACCCGGUGUGGGUUGUCCAAUUCCACUCUCAACUACCUCCGACUCUGUGUGAUACUCGAGCCCAUGCAGGAGCUCAUGUCCCGCCACAAGACCUACAGCCUCAGCCCCCGUGACUGCCUCAAGACCUGCCUUUUCCAGAAGUGGCAGCGCAUGGUAGCACCCCCCGCGGAGCCUGCGCGGCAGCAGCCCAGCAAACGGCGGAAACGAAAGAUGUCAGGGGGCAGCACCAUGAGCUCGGGGGGUGGCAACACCAACAACAGCAACAGCAAGAAGAAAAGCCCAGCCAGCACCUUCGCCCUCUCCAGCCAGGAUGUGAUGGUGGUGGGGGAGCCCACCCUGAUGGGCGGGGAGUUCGGGGACGAGGACGAGAGGCUCAUCACCCGGCUGGAGAACACCCAGUUUGACGCGGCCAACGGCAUUGACGACGAGGACAGCUUUAACAACUCCCCCGCCCUGGGCGCCAACAGCCCCUGGAACAGCAAGCCUCCAUCCAGCCAAGAAAGCAAAUCGGAGAACCCCACGUCACAGGCCUCCCAGUAAAGGCCUUUCCAUGGCCACCCAGUGCUCUGCCUGCCUGCCCCACCCCUCGCAGCCCCAGGGAGCAGAAGACAGAAUGAAGAGACUGAGCAUCUAAAAUGGGCAGCCUCCAUCCACCCACUUCAGGGAGGAACUGGACUCGCUGGGGGCAGGUGCCAAGAUUUGCCCCCCAGUGGCCCUGGGCUGGGCCUGGCCUCUGCAGAGCCUUUUUGGGGGAAGGGGGUACUCAUGUGGAUGCCUACAUGGACCCUGGGCCUCUGAGAAAUGUCCUGAUCACCCCCCAGGGCAUUUGCAUCCAUCCUCACCCCAGGUUCUGGGUUCCCAAUCCUCCUGACUUCACCCCCUUCAAGCCUGGGGUUGUCUAUUCCACAGCCCUUAGGGACUUAAAAUUAUGGGGCUUGGUUGAGUGCCCCUUUCCUAAACCUUUCCCUAGGUGGCUGGUAGUAGAGGGGUAAACCUCUGGCUCCUCCCUGCAGCCACCUAUCCCAGCUCCCAAGUUUUUUAAAAAAUAAUAUUAUUAAAAAUGUAAGUUUAAAAAAAAAAGUCACACAUUGUACCCCCUCUUCCCCUUAUUAAAAGUCCAGCUACCUCCCUACUCCAGGCAAAUCCGGGGCUUAGGGCCCACGUGGAGGUGAGUGUGGGGUGUGGGGGGGUAUGCAUUAACAUUUUAUACAGUUUGAGAGCUUCAGACCAAGGAGAUACUUUGCCAUCUCUCUUCCCUUUUCCUCUGGGUGACUGGAGUUGGGGAAGGCAUGCCUUGGGGUAGGGGGCCGUUGAUGGCCUCACCUUUGUGACAACCCCCUGCUGUUGUCUCUGUCUUCCCAUCCUCCAGGACUCUGGCCUGCCCUCCUAGUGCUUGUGACUCCCUCCCAGCCCCAACCCCCUCCCCCAUGGUGUGUAUAUUCUUUACAAGUCCUCCACUAGAGCAGCUGUCUUGGAUGGGGGGAAGGGAGGCUCCCUCCCUUAGGAAGUGUGGAGGGAAGGGAGCAACCUUGUUUGUUGCUGUUUUUUGUUUUGUCUCAGUUGGGCAGGCAUGGGAUGGAGGGGGAGGGGCUCGUCCACUCUCUCCAGCACUCUCUUUCCCCAACUCCUCAAACUGUGUAUCUGGUCCUCCCCUGUCCUCCACAGAGGGGAAGGAGCCACUGAGGAUGGCCCAGCUCUAAGCCCACCUGGGAGCAAUAGACCUGUGUCCCCCAGCUGAAGUAAAGGUCUUCAUCUCCAAUAUCCCUUCCAUCCCUUUCCUCAUAGAAGGGAGUGGGGAAGCAGCCAGGAUCCUCAGCUCUAUUUCACAGUUGGACACACGGAUGCUCUGGGCCCAGGGUGAGGCCAGGAGCAGGGUCCCGUGGGUCUGGGGCCAGCUCUGUGGCUUCGCUGCCUUUUCCUGUGGCCAGUUCCAGAAGUGUUAGCACCACCUCUCUCCCCACUCUUCCUUCUGGAUUCUUGGGUCCCCCACACCCAGUUUCCUUAACUCCAGCUGCCACUGUUGGAAGGGUAUUGUGUCAGGAGCUGAGGGGUGGGGUGGGGAAGAUGGAUGUCCCACCCCAAAUGUAAUGCCUUUUUUUUUUUUUUUUUUUUUUUUUUUUUUUUUUUUUUGGGCCAUUUUAGUUAUGUAUGGUACCGAUCAAUAAAGAGACUUUUUGGUUUGAGAGUGUCUUGGUUGGUCAUUGCUGCCUAAUAACCACUAAGUUCCAGGCAGUCUUUUCUCCCUCCUUCAUGCAGUCCCUUAGGGACCAUGACUGGUCCCUAAGACCAGUCAUUGGAAAGGAGGUAGGAAUUAAGCUUGUGGAUCCCCCUUCAGUCUCAUCUCACAAUGCCCCUCACUCUUCCACCGUUGCUCCUCCUGUCCCAGGCUGGCCCUGUCUCCCUCAAAAGUUGACUUUUCCACCCUCUGGGGCUGUUGUUCCUUGCCCCUAACUGUCCUGGCUGCCAGACAGGUGGCCCUGAGGCAGGGUUCCUGGGAUAGAAGGCCUUGGAUCAGGCUUUUGGAGGGGGAGGGAUCCUUGCGGAGGAGGGCGCUUGGGUUUGAGGAGUUUUGGGUGGUUACAAUGACUGGGAGACUUGGUCCUAUUUUUGAUAGAUUCCUGCCCCUAUCCAGCCUCCAGCCUCCUGCUCCUAUUGGGCCCAGCCCAGCUGAGCUGUCUGAACUAGGAUUCCCUGGUGUUAGGUCUUGGGUGGGGAAGUAAGAGUAGCUUGAUUGAUUGUACCCUUGCUGACUUUGGGUGGGGACACAGGAGGAUGCCUGAAAACGGUUGCUAGGAGGCAGCCUGAAGUUCCUUAGGUGGAAGGAAGAAUAGGGUGCUUUCCAGAUUCCUUUCCAGGUGUUUACUCCCCCCGCCCCAAGUCCCCUCCUCUCCCACCAUUAAAGAAGAUUGGCAAGAUAGGGAAACCCCGCUGUGGAUUGGGGACGGGAUCUUAGCACCUACCAAAUCCCCCUAUCCAGACUCCCAUUUUCAUCCCAGGGAGGGGAAUCGGGCCUUUCAGACUAUUCCCCCACCAAAUUCCCUGGAUUUGAAGCAAGUCCUCAUAGAUGUGUACCUCUACCCUCACCUCCCCAGCUGGCAGGAAGAAACCAGAGGAAAGGACUAUAUGGCCCAUUCCACCCCUCUCCAGUCCACAUGGUUACCUUGGCCCUGCCCUGCUGCCAGCCCACCUCCUCAUUGCCCAUUGCCUCAGGAUCCCAAAGGCUUGCAUUUGUGCACAUGCCCACUUCACUCCUCUGCAGGCCUGACCUGAUGGAAGGACAUUCACCAGCCAGCUGCUACCAGCAACUUACCCUGGGAGUGCUAGGUAACACCUACCUGUGGUGUGUCUGCUUUUGUAACUAGGUGUACAUCUGGCUUUCUUGCCUGAGUGUGUGCCAGGGUAUGUAUGUGACUGGGCUGGGAGAGGGCUUGGAUAUGGGUGUGUAAGGAAGCAUUGCAUGUGUGAAUAUGUAUGUCGGCUUGUCUAUGCAUUUGUUUGUGGGAUGUGUCUUGGUGGAUUCAUUAAUUCAGCUAAUAUUCAUUGAGCCCUCUCUAGGUGCAAGGCCAAACUUUAGGUACUAGAGAGAUGGUGCUGAACAAAGCAGAAAGGCGUGACUACUGGGUGUGAAUGAGAGGCUACAAGUACAUAAAUAAGAAUAUGUUGUUGAAUGUGUGGCUUGGCGGUAUUGUGUUGGGUUAUGGGGUUGCUGGGCCAGGAAUUGUGUGACAAGGUUCAUAUCCUGUAUGUGUGGGGUGUGUGGGUGUUUGUGUUUUGGAAGAGGCAGUGUUCUAGCGAAAAGGUAGAUUGUCAGGCCUGGACUCUGCCCUGCUUGGGGGAAGGGAGUGAGUCAGACAGGGGAACCCACUUUUUAAACUCAGGAAGCAUAGUGGCCAGCGACUUCCUCUGGAGCCCCGGAUCUGGCUCCUCCCUGUUUGCCUCAGCAGCCCCUCUGGGGAAGACCUUGGUCUGGAGGAAUUGCUAGGGUUGGGGAAGGGAAAGGCCCUUUAAGGCCCAGCCUCAGGUCCCAGCAUGAUCCUGAAAAAUUUGUUUCAGCCCAACUGUGUACUCCAGCCAGCCCCAAUGCAGACACAGGCCCUCAACCCUGAGACCCCCUAGCUCAGCCUGAGCCCAGCUUCUUCCCCAUGUUUCCUAUUCUAACUCAAUCCAACCUGACCUCCAGCCCCUUUCUUAGGAGUUCCAGCACAAUCUCCAGGACCUCUUUUAUACUCUUAGCCCAGUCCAGCCUGACCUCUAACCCCUUCCCCAAAGGUAAGAUUCCAGCCCAGCCAGCCCUGUCUGGUUCCAUCUAACCCCAGAUCCCUUCCCAUAAAGUGAAAAGCUCUUAAGCUGUUCCCCUAGGGCCUUCCCUAACCUUUAUUUCACAAAAUAGGGCCUUAUCUUAGGGACUGUAGAAGUUCAGGUGAGGGUACAGGAUUGGAACUACAGCCUGGACGAAGAAGGGAUGGGCAGGGAAAGCAGGCAAAGGAAUUACAAAAAGUGCUGAGAAUGGCCCAGGAGUGUUCUGAGCCAGGCUGAAAGGAAAGGGAUAUGUAAGAAGUUUUGAUUCAGCAGCCCCGUAGUUCCAAGCUGAACUUCAAAGA